GGGAAGUGUAAAUAACACCCAGAGUGAACAGGAGCUUAAUGAGAGAUUUAUGCAGGACUAAGGGGAGGGGGCAGGGUGUGUAUCACUGAGCUGCAAUAUAUAGGGCAGUGUGACAAGAGGGAGAGACAACAAUCCACAGGUAUCUUCUCAUGGUGCAGGUUAGUUUCUUCAACAGAGAUAUUUUGCUAAGGAAAGGCAUUUAGACUCUGCACACACACUGUCUAAGAGAAAUUUCCUUCUUUUUACACCUUUGCCAGUUCUGCAUCUUAUUGAGACAUGUCCAGUGUGGACUGGUAGAUUUUAUUGCAAUCAUCUACAGGCUAGCUGGAGUAGAAGGAAAGUCCUAUCACAUCUAUCCCAUAAUCCUCCUGAUUCAGCCCUGAACCACUUCUCCAUCACAUGUGCUGCAGGUUGAGGUACCUGGGAGUACUGCAUUAGCUCUUCUGAUUUUAUAUGGUUGACCUGUGUCAUCUGACAGGGGGGAGUCCUGGAGAUUAUCCCAGUCUCAGUAGCCACAUGACUGUUAAUGCUGGACCAGAUCGCUCUUAAAAGCAGGAUGCUGACUCUUUAGGACCACAGCUGAACACGCUCUGAGAAGGAGAAGGAGCAAGAGACCAGAUCCAGGGCAAGAUACAAAGUAUCAUCAUUUCCCUUUCAAGACUCUCUUUGUGAAGCUUCAUCUCAGAUGGCUCCCAGGUCCCAGAGAGAAGGUAUCUGCUUCUACCUGCUAACCAUGCUAGGUGCUUGGGCAGUUUCUACUCAAGGAGGCGACAAAAAAAACGAAUGUCCAUCUUGCGGAGUCCAGGACAAAGAUGUAAUGAUAGAACUAGCCAAGCAGCAAAUCUUAGAGAAGUUACACCUCAAGGAAAGACCCAACAUCACCCACCCAAUCCCCAGGGGAGCGGUAGCUAAUGCACUGCGCAGACUGCACCUAACCAAAUCAAAAAUGGAAGGUCUGUUUGGCUCCACCAGCUGGGACAGUAACACAGACAGCGUGGAGAUGGACCAACAGAGCUAUGAGAUCAUAAGCUUUGCAGAAUCAGGUAAGACAAUGUUGCCAAUUGAAUAACCCCCCCUGUUUUUAUAUGUGUGUUUGGGUGAUGUUUUGUUGUUUCCUUGCCUGCAUGUUUCACAAACACCUGUUCACACAAUUUCAUUUGACUCCUUCAUUUUCUUUCCUGUCUCAACCAAAAUGCUAAAGAUUUAGUGAAAUGUGUUAAGCAGACAGACGUUGAACUCUUUAUAGGGUCACCAAGAGCAGACAGACAUUCGAUUUAAGGCUGGCUGUGCCAUUUGCAUCAUAUGUAUGAGUCAGCUUAUCUGUCUCUUCCAACGUGUAUCUCAUGUAAAAAACAUAACCUAGAAUUCUUUAUAUCUAUACAUAGUUAUGCGAACAUGUAGGGGGGUUUAAAUAUAUUAGGAAGUCAUCUAGCUAAUCUGUUUCAUUAUCCAAAUGCCUUUGCACUUUACAACAUAAAGGAGGCAGACAUUAAUAUAUCCUUAUCUAUGAAUUUUCUGGUCAUUGACCAAGAGUUCACUUUUAGAUGUAUUUUGAUUGUCUAACAGCAUCAAGUAGCAGCCAAUCAGAAUAUGGCUCUGAGUGCAUUUUUAAUUCUCUCUUCUACAAACUUUCACUAAACAAAAUGUCUUUGCAGCAAUAAAAUUCAUAACAGGGAAAUGCUAUAACUUUACAGGCAUUAUUAGGAAUUAUAGAAACAUAGAAUGUGACCGCAGAUAAGAACCAUUUGGCCCAUCUAGUCUGCCCAAUUUUCUAAAUACUUUCAUUAGUCCCUGGCCUUAUCUUAUAGUUAGGAUAGCCUUAUGCCUAUCCCACGCAUGCUUAAACUCCUUUACUGUGUUAACCUCUACCACUUCAGCUGGAAGGCUAUUCCAUGCAUCCACUACCCUCUCAGUAAAGUAAUACUUCCUGAUAUCAUUUUUAAACCUUUGUCCCUCUAAUUUAAGACUAUGUCCUCUUGUUGUGGUAGUUUUUCCUUUUUUAAAUAUAGUCUCCUCCUUUACUGUGUUGAUUCCCUUUAUGUAUUUAAAUGUUUCUAUCAUAUCCCCCCUGUCUCGUCUUUCCUCCAAGCUAUACGUGUUAAAGUCCUUUAACCUUUCCUGGUAAGUUUUAUCCUGCAAUCCAUGAACCAGUUUAGUAGCCCUUCUCUGAACUCUCUAUAAGGUAUCAAUAUCCUUCUGAAGAUACCGUCUCCAGUACUGUGUACUAUACUCCAAGUGAGGUCUCACCAGUGUUCUGUACAAUGGCAUGAGCACUUCUCUCUUUCUACUGCUAAUACCUCUCCCUAUACAACCAAGCAUUCUGCUAGCAUUUCCUGCUGCUCUAUUACAUUGUCUGCCUAUAAUACUCUCAGAACCAACACAACCUUAGCUUUUUUUUUUUUUUUUUUGGUGUAUAGAUAAUGCUCAAUUCUCUGCUAUUUAGGCAUUAAAUCACUUUGUUUAUGGUGGUAACUCACAGAGAAUCCAUAAAACCAAAAUGUUUGUUUCCAAACUGAUCUUAAUAUUAUUACAAAUAGUGUUUAUUUUAGAAGUUUUGUUCAGAAAUUAGUUGUUUUUUUUUUUACAAUUACUCUCUCACCAGUUUAUUGCCUAUUUAUUUUCCACAAUAGCAGGCUGGACUCUUAAGAGAGUUCCGGUUUAUUCUGCUUACUGAGUAGAAAUAUUUCAUUUAAAGGUGCCAAACUAGAAUCACACUAAAUCAGGCAUCAUUUAUUUAUUUACUGUGCUAAUUAUGUAUUAUCCAUGGCUAAAAUGAUGAGUGAUCAAUUGAACCAUGCCUGGGAAUCUCUUGACUAAACACAGAUCGUAGUGACUAAAUGGCCAUCUUUCACAUUUUAGAGUUGAGGGCAAAAAAUGGAUUCGGAGUCAGCAAUAUUUUUCAAAAGGUCAAGUAAUAGCCUAAAGUUUUCAAGCCACGUGCCAAUGCAAUGAGGGGUUUGGUAUUCCACGGAAAAGAAUAAGCAAUCAAUGUCUAACCUGGUACACUGUGGUAGAGAUUUGUCAACUUUAAUAAUUAGUCAAUACCAAAGAAUCCACAGGUUCAACCGGAUAGGCACAUAAAAAUUUAGAUUUAUUGGAAACAGGAGCCUAACAAUGUGUCACAUUUCUUUACUUUAUUGUGAAGCAAUAACAAACAGUACUUGGUACUUAAACUGUACUUAUUUUGCAAUGUCUGUGUGUGACACCACAUUAUAUAAUUGAUUAGGUAGAGUCAAAUGAAGGUUAUAGGAUCCCAGAGAGUAAGGUGCAGGUUCCCAGUCUGACUUCCCCUUUCUUUAUUCCGGGUUGUGAAUAACACUGUUUGAUCAAGCAUCUUCAUGGUACCUAGACCACUGUACCUAAUACUGCCUACCCCCAGGCCAUGAGAAGCAAUUUAAGGUUGUCUUAUAGUUAAUCUGGCUGUGAGCAGAGUUCAUGUUAGAAAGAUUAUUAUGAUGGUUAAUUGAAAUCAGUUACUAGGGAUGAUAAGAAAAAAAAACCUGUAACACUUUGGACAGAACACAACUUAUUUUCGCUUCUAUAUUUCAUUGCUUCCAUUUUGUAAUGGGAUGCUUAAAGGUACACUAUAGUCACUAAAACAAAUUUGGAUUAAUGAAGUAGUUUUUGUCAGGUUAUGCCUCACUAAUCUCACUGCUCACUUAUCCUCCAUUUAGGAGUUAAAUCACCUUUGUUUCUAUUUAUGCAUCUCUAGCCACACUUCCCCUGGCUGUGACUGGCAUAAGCCUACAUGAAAACAAAAUGAUUUCAUUUUCAAUCCGAGGUAUCGUGCUUUACAAAAAAUUUUAUCUGGAAAUUAAACUUAGGCUCCUGUAGGGUCUAGUAAACUAUUAACAUAGCAGGAGAUAAGAAAUUCUAAAUUAAACAGAAUUUGCAAUAAAGGAAGUGUAAACAUUAGAAGAUUCUUUAAAGAAAGUGUUCAGGAAGGCUGUGCAAGUUACAUGCAGGGAGUGUGACUUGGGCUACAUAAAUAAAGUGAUGUAACUCCUAAAUUACUGAGAAUUGAGCACUGAGACUACAGGGGAAUGAUCUAUACACCAAAACUGCUUCAUUAAGCUAAAGUUGUUUUGGUGACUAUAGUGUUCCUUUAAACCAAUUUGUCAAAGACAUAAACUAGUGACAAUUAAACUUUUAUGUAGAUUGAAAUUUGUUUUCAUUCAUUUCUAAAUGUAAAGAGUCAUGCAAUUUGUUAACAUAUUAUUCCUAACUAGUAAAAAUUAUAAUAAAAAGAAUUCUGAAAAGAAACAAGAGUGACAUAUAGUGGAAAAUAUCAGUUAUUAAAAAUGUCAUACUAUGCAAAUAGUCAGUAUCAGUUCUUUGCAUUUAUCACAGUUGCUUGUUGACAAAUUAGUAAUAGAUAACCUCUGAGCAAGAAACUAGAAUAUACAUGUUAUAAGUUAACCUUUAUAAAAUGUAUUAUGGCUAUAACUAGAGGGAAUAUAACAACUCACUGAGAUUGAAGUAAGACAAACUAUUUCAUAACUCUAAAUUCAGCUACAAAGAUUAUAUGCAGUGUAUUGAUUCAUAAAAAAGUAUAAGGCAGUUAUAUAUGUUAAACAUGCAAGGAUGAUACAAACAUAAACAAAUGCUAAUGUUUAUAUUUCUUCUUUUUCAGAAUAUAUCAAUGGAUCAGGUACUAUACUGAAUUUUCAGUUUGCAAGAGAUGAAGAGCAAAAUGUGCAUGUUCUCCAGGCACAUCUCUGGAUCUUUCUCAGAUCUAACAGGACUACGCAGCCCAACCAAACAUUAAAAUUAUAUCUGGUCCAAGAAGAGUUUUCUCAGCGUACAUUGAUAAGUGAAAGAACCCUGGAACCAAGAUGGACAGGCUGGCAAACAUUUUCAUUGAAACAAAUGCUACAGAAAGUCUUUGAUGGAGGAAACAGAAGUUUACAACUAGAACUCAACUGUGAGGGUUGCGAGGACAUGCCAGUCCUGGCCAACCCCGAUGACUCCCAUCAGCCUUUUCUGGUUGCCCAAGCUAAAGUAAGGGAGAAAAACCAUCAUGCCACCAAAAGAAGUCUCAAAUGUGAUCAGAACUCCAACCUGUGUUGCAGGAAAGACUUUUAUGUACACUUUAAGGACAUUGGGUGGAAUGAUUGGAUUAUUAAACCAGAGGGGUACCAGAUUAAUUACUGCAAAGGUCUCUGCCCAUUGCACAUAGCUGGUGCCCCAGGCAUGGCUGCAUCAUUCCACACCACUGUCUUAAAUAUCAUAAAGGCCAACAAUGUCCAGUCAGUGGGCAACUCUUGUUGCGUUCCCACUAAAAGGCGGCCUCUUUCCAUGCUUUUCUUUGAUGGAAACAGCAAUAUUGUAAAGACUGAUGUUCCAGAUAUGAUUGUGGAAGCUUGUGGGUGCAGCUAACAGCCUCCAAAGACUUCCAAAUUUAAAUAAAUACAGAGAGAAGCUGGCUUGUCUCGUAGGCAUUUAGAUCUGGCAGAAAAGAAUAAACACCUAAAUGCCUCAAAAUCAUUUGCACAAAUUAUAAAAUUGCAAGAUCUUCCAUCACUUGCCCAGUAGGUCAUUUCUUAUGAUGAUGAUAGUGAUUGCAAUAUCUUCAGCUAGAUGAAUAUAGCGAUCUGAGCAACCUGUUCCACGAUUCUAGUGGCCAUAUUGACGUUACACCAUCUUUUGGUAUGUCCAGGCCUUUUACAAAUGGACAAAGAACUGCUGCUGCUUUGAUUGGACUACUUCCAAAAAUAUGAAUAUAUUGCACACCAAGCUGUAGAUCGCUUACCAAAGAUUAUGCACUUAAGUUUUAUAUUAUAAAGACAGAUGUGAUAGGCCUCCAUCCAUUGAAAUCAUGUUACAAUUCCUAAGUGACAAGGUAAAGGUCUGGAUGGAAAUGAAGAGUCACUGUGGACAAUGAACAAUAUGUGUCUUUUAUGAUAUAUUUCCAAAGACUUUAUUUAAAUAAUGAUUUUGCUGAACCUUGAAUGUUUUUUUUUCCAAGUGCUGAUUGCCUGGCUUUCCAAGACCACAAGCAUGUGAUGUAUGACACUACCACUGUUUAUUGUAUUUUCUAAUAUAUUUGUAUAUAUUAUUUUUAUUACUGUGACACAAUUUAAUAAACAAAUUAUGAUUUAAAAA